GGAAGUUUGAUGAAUCAAUGGGUCUAUUGACGAUCGUGUGCAUGAGUCUUUCCUUAGUCUGCCUCUUGAUUAGAAUCAUUCUUUAACCCUUGGUGCCAGUAUUUCAGACCUCACCAGGAAGACAACAGUUUGGACUUGUCAUUGCCCUCUUUCUAGCAGGUAUUUUCUUUCUAAUUGGCCCAAACUGUACAAACCUGAGAGAGCUAUGUACAAUCAUGGCUGUUCUGAUUCAUUUAUGUUACCUAGCAACCUUUACAUGGACUGUAAUCAUAGCUCAUGACAUGUACAUUAUUUUGGGUUCUUCUAGUAUAACCAAGUCAUCAGACAGAGGUUCAUCCCUUUUGGUAAUACAUUGCUUCAUAGCAUGGGGACUUCCCCUAGUAGUUGUUGCUAUUGCAUUGAUUUUUAACUUCACAAAUGUGAGCCCUGAUUUCAACCCAAGGUAUGGCGAUAGUGUCUGUUGGAUAUCCCGUAGAAUACCUUUGUUGGUGUUCUUCGCUCUACCUAUGGGUUUAGCAGUGCUAGUCAACCUUUUUUAUUUCAUAGCAACUGCUAUAUCUUUAUGGCGUGCAAUGUCAAUUCGAGCAGAAACCACAUCUCAAAACAAGCAAUAUCCAUUUGGGAUUUACGUAAAGUUGUUUUGUCUCAUGGGGUUCACUUGGAUAUUUGGAUUCACAGCUUCAUAUCACGUUGUCUUAUCUUACAUCUUCAUAGUUCUCAAUGCCAGCCAAGGAGUCUUUAUUUUUAUAGCCUUUGUCCUUAGAAAGGCAGUAUGGAAAUCAUUUAUUGGUAAAAAAAGUAAGAAGACAAGUUCCCCAUCUACGCAACAAACAUUAGCAAAUGUUAGCGAGAGUGAAAAGAGGAUUGAAAAUGAGACAAAGAAGAAUAAGAGAGAUAAGUACAAAAGGAGUGAGAAUGAUAUGUCAGUUGUUUAAAAACUUCACAUGUACCUCCAAAAGUGAGGUAAGAUCUACCUAAAUACAUACAGUUAUCUGAAAUAAUAAGCCACAUACCUGUAGUUAAUCUUAUAUUUAAUUUCUACAGCAGACAGGGAUUUGAAAAUUUUGUUCUAAGAUGAGGGGCAGGAAGUG